UUAGUUUAGCAUUACGUGCUUACGUAUUACAGACACGGAGCAAUAAAUGCUCAGUAAGGAAGCGACUCUGGCUAAUUGAACUAUCAUCGUAACAACUGCAAAACUCAGAGAGGAAACGUAAGUACAAAUAUUCCCCGUCCACUUCAUAGUCCAACUUGGAAUGUUCGCCACGGACUUUGAGUUCCAGGGUGCAAAAUAAGCAGGUCCUUGAUAAUCUGCGCUCUGUCAGAUAAUAUAUAUGUCUAGAGACAAUGGAGACUGGUGGGCUUGUCAUCAGAAUCGUCCUCGGCAUCCUUGUGGCUUAUUUUGUCUAUAAAUACGCCAAAGAUUGGAGAGAGACCGUCCCCAAGCCAGGAGAUGUCCUUGGAGACUUGAAGCCCAUGGGUUCUGAGCGAUUACGAGGACUUACAGGGGAAUUUAAACAAAGCGUAGUCAAGGUGACAGACGGGGUCUACGUUGCCAUUGGAUAUGCUCUGGCAAACUCCAUUUUGAUCGAAGCACCUGAGGGCGCUAUAGUAGUGGACGUCACAGAAAGUCUUGAAAGUGCCCGCAUGGUCUAUGAUGCAUUCCGGAAAGUCACAAAGUCCCCAAUUAAGGCUUUGAUUUAUACACAUAAUCAUGCUGAUCACAUUUAUGGAGGAGAAGCUUUUCUGGAAGACCCAAAACAUCCGCCAGAAGUAUGGGCACACUACACUAUGAUAGAUUUAAUGCGACGCAAUUUUGAGAGGGUUAGUCGCAUCACCUUCAUACGUGCUAUGAGGCAAUUUGGCGUUUUCUUACCAGACCACGUUAAUUCAGGGAUAGGGCUAAAACUAAAUUACGAUGAUACUAAGACAAUAGGCAUUGUGAUGCCGAACAAGUUUUUGUAUGGUGAAGAAAAGACAGUAAAAAUUGCUGGAUUGGAAGUGAAACUUCUCCACAUUCCUGGGGAGACAGAAGACCAGAUGGCGGUGUGGAUUCCAGAAAAACGCGUCCUCUGUCCGGCAGACGAUCUUUACCGAGCGUUUCCGAACCUGUACGCCAUCCGCGGCACUCCGACACGUGACUUACUGCACUGGGUAAACUCCCUGGAUAAAAUGAGGCACCUACACCCUGAGUAUCUCGUGCCUGCGCACACGAGGCCAGUUUACGGUGAACAAAACAUAUUUGACCUUCUCACCCUCUACAGAGACGCUAUACAGUUUGUCCACGACCAAACCGUGCGAUUUCUUAACAAGGGAUUCCUCCCGGAUGAAAUUGUCGAGAAGGUUCAACUUCCCGCUAGGGUGGCAGAUCAUCCGUUUUUACUGGAGUUUUAAGUUGGGUGGUCUGUGAAGGGGGUUGUCAAUUCUUACAUGGGAUGGUUCAGCGGUGACCCUGUUGACCUCUUACCUUUGACACCAAAAGCUCGUGCGGAGCGGAUUGUCAGGUUGGCUGGGGGAGUGGAUUCAGCUUUGACAGCUGCUCAAAAAGCUCUGGAUGAAGAAGACAACCAGUGGGCCUUGGCGUUAUCAGCAGAUGUAUUUAGACUGUAUCCCGAGAACAGAAAAGCAAUGGAUAUAAAAAUUCAAGCUAUGAAAAGGCUGGCAGAAGUACAGACGAGUUCAAAUGGCAGAAACUACUACCUUACCUACGCCUUGGAAGACGCGGGUGCGCUAACGAUCCAUCCUCGCAAAGAUUCGCGAGAAUCUAUCAUCCGGAAAGCCCCACUCGGGUACCUUUUCGAAGCAAUGAAAGCUAAAUUGAAAGCAGAGGAAGCAGCAGAGGUCAACGCUUCUUUGGCGUUCAUAUUCACUGAUAUAAAUAAAAAUUUCACAUUGCACAUCCGAAAUUCAAUACUGGACGUGGUCCAAGGAGAAUCAGAGGAGUGGACGCAUAGAGUGACGACAACUAGCGCCAUCUGGCGGGACAUUUUGGCGGAUAAGAGAAGUGCGCUGGCAGUCAUUGCUACUGGGGAGCUGUCAGUGGAAGGCGGCGUUCUUGGCUUUAGGAACAUCAUGGAUUUGUUUGAAAAAGACAAGGAUUAACAUUGCAGACCUCAUUUGAAAAUCAUUGAAUAAGAAAGUUUCUAAUACACCGCUUGGAGGAAAUAUGCAUCUGUACAUUUACAGCAUUGCUGCCUUCAAUUGAUUUUAUGAAUGAUAUUUUAGAUAAAAGGAAAAAUUGGCCUAAAAAAUCAAGCAAAUAAUAAUAA